AUGCGUCCUUUCACCUCGCAGGGUCUCCGCCCAUUGAAUGCGUUUGUGUCGCAAGCACAAUCCUACACUACUAUUUCCCGCAUACAACCUUCACGUUUCCUCUCCACAAUCUCCCUUUAUCGACGCUCAGUGCUCCCAUCAUCGUCUCUUCCUCACUCACAACGCCUCCUUACCCAACCUCAAUGUCGAUACAACUCAAGCGCACCUCGCCCUCUUACCGAAUCGCCUUUGAAUGAAGCAGAGCGAAAUGCUGAAUGGGAAGCGCAAAACGAGGAGCGUCGCAAAAAUGAGGAGGCCUAUCGCAUUGUCUUCACCUGCAAGCCAUGUGGUCAUCGCUCUGCCCACCGAAUGUCCAAGCAAGGCUACCACCGUGGAACCGUCCUUAUCCAGUGUCCCUCCUGCCAAUCGCGCCAUGUCAUGAGUGAUCAUCUGGGUGUUUUCUUCGAUAAGAAGACAACUCUGGAAGAUCUACUGAAGGAAAAGGGUCAGGCAUUGACUCAUGGUCAUACAGAUGGCAACCUAGAGUUCUGGGAUGAUGGGACUGUGAAGAGUUACGACUUGGAGGGUAAGGAGCAACUAGGAUUGCCUGAUGAGAAGUCGGGUUGA